CUGCGUGAGAUAAGUGAUGCUUUUAACAAAAGGUGAAUAAAGCAGUUUAUGCAAACUGUAAUGUAAAUUGUGGCAGUAAUAAUAAAAUGAGCGGGAAUGUCAUUAAAUGUGUUGCUGUGGGUGAUGGGUUUGUUGGCAAAACUACACUGCUUACGAGGUUAUGUAAAAAUGAAAUUGAUAAAGAUUACACACCAACAAUAUUUGAGAAUCAUUCAAUAAGUAUUGAACAUAAUGGCCAGAAUUAUGAUAUUGUACUUUUUGACACAGCUGGCCAAGAAGACUAUAGCAUGUUAAGAAAACAAGUUUAUGAAUCUGCGGAUGUGUUUUUAAUCUGCUUUGAUGUUACCAAUACGGAUUCUUUCACAAAUGUUAAAGCAGUCUGGCUUCCGGAAAUCGAAGAAAGUGGGAAAAGCCAAUCAGGGAAAAUUUUAUUGGGGACAAAAAGUGAUUUACGAAAGGAUGUUAACACAAUCGACCGAUUAAAUUCUACUGGUGGGAUUUUUAUCAGUGAGACUGGUGCUAAAAAUUUGGCGAAAAGUCACCACAUGAAAUAUGUAGAAUGCUCAGCAGUUAUGGAAGUACGUAACAAUAUUUUCAAUUAUUACGUAGUGCAAAGUAUAUUAGAAGUAUACAAGGCAAAACCAUCAGAAAUCCAAAAAAAUACAACACCACUUCCAUGUUGUAUCAAUCCAAUUUUGCGACUAAUUCAAAGAGUAAUUUGUUGUAAAAAUAAUUAUUAGUACACUGAAAUACGUGAUGUGUGUUAAUUCAUUGUGAUAUUAUUUAUUUUUAAUAAAGAAUCAUAUGUAUUUG